UAUGACAGCGGUAUGCAAAAUGCUCUCUAUGUGGCAGUUGAAAUCCCCGAGCGGUGAGCAGCACCAGAGCACUGUGAGGCAGAGGCAGCCGGGCCGAGGCAGCAAGAGAAAAGGGAGGCGUGACGACAGAAUGACAUUUCAGUAAAACACUGCCACCAGUCAGAAGGGACAGAAAAACUUCCCCCUUGGAGUUUAUUUCUCUAUUCGAUGAGUGCCGCAAGCCUGCUCAGGUCCUUCAGCCCAUCAACAAUGCCUGGCCCCGUGAUGCCCAUGGACGUGGCCAUGAGAUUCUACCUCAGCCACUCCCCGCCCCCCCUCCGAGGCUUCUUCGGCUCCUGCGAAGAGCUUCAGAGGUCCAGGAGCCGGGUCAACCAGUCCGCCGCCCGCAGCCACAAGCAGAGGCACUACAAGCCCCUGCGGCCGUGUCUCAGCACCCUGCAGAGGGCCGCGGACGGCGGCGACGGCGUGGGCUGGAGCGGCGGCAAGGGCGGCAAGAAGAAGGUGGUGUUCGCAGACACCAAGGGCAUGUCCCUCACCGCCAUCCACGUCUUCUCCAAGUUCGACGACGAGCCGUAUCACGGCAACAGCAGCGGCGGCAUCGGCGAGGAGCUGCAGUUCGACAUGGCGGACCUGGAAACAGCCACGAGGGACCUCAGGAUCGGCUCGACGCGCAGCCUGGCGCUGGACUUUGAGCAGCCCUCGGCCGACUACCUGGACUUCCGGAACCGCCUGAUCCAGAACUCGGUGUGCCUGGAGAGCUGCUCGCUGCAGGAGCGCUCGCUGACCGGCACGGUCAAGGUGCGGAACACGGGGUUCGAGAAGUCGGUGCAGCUGCGCGCCACCUUCGACUCGUGGGUCAGCUUCGCCGACGUGGAAUGCACCUUCAUGAACAACAUCUACAGCUGCCAGGACACUGACACCUUUGCGUUCGUCCUGGAGCUGCCCGUCCGCAUCCCGCCGCAGAACCGCGUGGAGUUCUGCAUCUGCUUCCGAUCCCAGGGUCAGACCUUCUGGGACAACAACGACGGCAGGAACUACGUCCUGAAGCGCGGCGGGUGCGGCGGGGAGGACUCGAACGCUCGCGCGGCCCCGUCUUCCGUUGAGCAGAAGCAGGCGCCGGGGCACAAACACGGGGGCGUGAAGGUUCUGGAGAUGGAGUUUGACCAGUUCGGCAGUCCACGUAUGUGUAGCGGACUGUUUCCUGGUUGGCAGAGCUGGGGCCAGGUCGAUGACGCCGUGCCUUAUUGGUGAAAGCGUCAGGCUUGUUUGCUGAAAAGGCCUUUUGGGAAACCAGCUGUGGGUGCGGCUGGUUCUCAGCCAGGGACGAAACUCGAGCCAAGAACCUCUGGUCUGUGACGUGGUCGUUUUGGCCUGAGAGACGAAGACGAAGUCAAUGGGGGAAAUUUGUUUGUAAUUUUUCACAUUCUGCUCUUCUGUAAGAUAUUAAUGUGCCUUCUCAGAGUGCCCUCCCACUAAAAUACAGACAAUUUUGUACAGCCCACUACAAGUGUUGAGCCGCUUUCUAAAGGCCCCGCUGUAAUGGUUAAAUAUGCACUGAUUGCGAUGUCCCUGUAAAUGUGAUGUCUGUGAACUCAAGACGUGGAAAUGGUGAUGCUGAUCGAGUCCUUCAUGUUGAAGGGAAAGUACAGGGAGUGCAUGGCAAUACAAAACGCUUCUCUACUAAAAACUAAAUCGAUUAGUUUCUAAUGAAAGUUGCACACUAACAUUUUUCACUUCAAACAACCGAUUCAAAUGGCCUUCAAAUGUUGAGUCAUGCAACUCUUUCUUUCCCUUCAUGCAAAUUGCACGUGUCUGAUGAAAAAUGUUUGGAAGAUGUAAGUUCGAGGUUUUCUCGAGGAACUGUGGUAUCAGAAAAGAGACGCUGCGUGGUUUUUGGUUGUCUCUGACAAAAGGAGGACGCUUUGUGAUUUUUGGAUGGUUCAAGUAUGUCAAGAUGAAAGAAAUGAAGACGAAUGUUUAAAGAAGUGCAAUUAUGUGAUGAGUGUACAGUAUGUGUGGCUGCGAGUGAGAUUCUCCUCUUUUGAAACAGGGUUUUCUCGACAUGAAGAAAAGUCUUUUCCCCAGUAUUUGGUUUCACUUGAAGGUGUGUGUGACGUAUUUCCCCUGCAGAAAUUAAUUUUUAUAUAUUUGCGCUAGAAAUUACUUCUGACCCUUUUUUGUCAUGGAUGUUUCGGUGGGUUUUUGUCCGUGUGAUGACAUAGAUGAACUUUCCAGGUGAUUUGUGAAAGUGCUUUCAUGUGUAAUAACAUUUAAUAUGCAAAUAAAAGUAAAAAAGUAAAA